GCGGACCGCAAGGAGGACCCUAAUUGAACUGUGACGUAAACAGUAAUAUUUGAACAUAACCGAAAAUGAAAGUAGAAAAUUAAUGGAGAUUUUCAAAAGACAUGCGAAAAUGAAAUGCAUAAUUGAAUGUAUCGGGGAUAUGAUGUAAAGAGUCGAUCAAAUUAUGACAUCAUAGGACAUGAUGGAGAUGCAAACCUUAGCGAUAUGAUGUUGAAGUCAUCACUUAUUUUAGUUGUGAUAUACAUAAAUGUAGCAGAAUCAGUGUUUAAAUCUUAUGUUGAUCAGUGUCCUUUACAAGGAAAAGAGAGAAUCUUCAGGUCUUCAUCAGUAUGUCAAUCUUUACAGGAAUAUCACUGUAUGUAUGAUGACGAUUUUCGUUUAGCAGAAAUAUGUCAAACUUUCAAACAACUUCCGCCAGGAAACUAUCCAAGAUACAGCAGUUAUGGUGAUGACAUAUACUAUGACCCAUGUCCAGAUGGAUUGUAUCAAAUGGGACCAGCCAAAUCCUAUGAAAUAACAAAUUGCUUGUUCAAAAAAUCUCAUUGUACAUCUGAGGGUCAAAUACUUUGCUCAAAUGGAAGUGAACUAUCUGAUGUCACCUGCAGAUGUGAUUAUCAGGAUGGAUAUGCAAUGGUUCAAACCAAAUGUUGUUCUCCAACCUUAUUUGAAGAUUGCACUUGUUACAAAAAGAGAUGUCCAAACGAAAAUCAAGAGCUGGAUCCAGAUUAUAGAUGCGUUGACAAAUGCAAACAUGGUUAUGAAAGAAAGCAAGGAGAGUUUGAUUGUACCUUGAUAGUGGAAACAAAGAACAUAACAGAAACUGUUUCAAACACAAGUUCUUUAAGCCUUGGAAGCCAAAAAAGAACAGACCUAUCUUUUUAUAACACUUUUAAGAAAUUUGAUAUUACUUACGUGGAACCUAUCCUGUUCAUCAUUCUUGGUAUAUACAUACUGCAUAUAGUUGUCAUAAUAAUCUAUGGUGCAUACACUAGAACUUGGAGGCCAUUCAGGUUUAAACUCUUCCCAUACCUAACAUGGGCUUUGACUGUGACACUCAUUUUAGCUCUUUCUAUUGUGUGUAUAGAUGUUCCUUGGACUGCACAAAUUGCUUUCUCUGUAUUUACAGUACAAUUGUUAUGUGUGUUCCUACUUUGUUUGUAUUUACUGUAUACACAUGAGAUAGUAAAGGAUCUUGUUGUGUUUAAUGAAGAAUAUGAAAUAAGGAUAUUUAAGCUACUAACUGCAGCUUCUGAAGGUGAUUUAGAUGAAAUGCAAAGACUGAGAAAUGAAAGUUGUAUAGAUAUGGAUGAUGUUGAUUAUGACAGUCGUUCUGCACUUCAUCUAGCAGCAUGUUCAAAUCAGAUUAAAGCUGUGGAUUUUAUUGUAAAACAUCACUUAUGUUUCCCAGAAGCAACAGAUAGAUGGAACCGAUCGGCUGAGGAUGAUGUUAAGUGGCACCAGAAACAAAAAAAGUAUCAUUAUGAUGAUGACUGUUAUAAGGAAGUCUUGGAAAAAUUAAAGAAAUAUAAAGAACAAUACCAAUCAAAAAGAGAAGAGAAGACACAUUUUAGAGAAAGUAAAGCUAUGGAAUUGAUCAAAGCAGCUGAAAAAGGAGAUCUACAUACAAUUAAACGAUUGUUUAAACUUGAAACUGAUAUGAACCUGCCAAAUUCUGCUGGAAGAACAGCUUUACAUGCUGCUGCAGAGAAUGGAAUGAUAAACAUUGUUAAUUAUUUAAUAGACAAAUGUGAAGUGUCACCAUUUGUAAGAUGGAGCAAUAAAAGACCCAUUGAGAUCUUAAAAGUUGAUGAGAAUGAAGUUACUCAGAAAAUAUAUGAAAAAUUGCAGAGCUAUAUGGACAACUUGAAAGAAGGAAAGGUUGCUGGAAAGAAUAACAGUCCCAAACCAAAGGAGGAUCUGCCACCAGAAGAUGUUCAGAUUGUUCGGCUUCUAAACUGUGCAUCUAGAGGGGAUAUCAAAAGGAUGAGACAUUUCAAGGAGUGUGGUUACAAAAUGGAUGCUUGUGAUUAUGACAAACGAACAGCACUUCAUAUUGCAGUCAGUGAUAACCAGGAACAUAUUGUUAAAUUCCUGUUAGGAAAAUGUGACCAACAAGGGAUUGCAAAGAAUGGGGGAGAUAGAUGGAACAUUACUCCUUGGGAAGCAGCAAAAAAUUCUGCAAUGGAGGUUGUUUAUAAUGAAUUUUUGAAUCACUGCCCAGAGUUAAUGGACACAGAAAAUGAUGAUUAUAGGACCUGCAGAUUAAUAUAUGCUGCAGCAAAUAGUGAUGUUUCCACUUUGCAAAGCUUACAUGAAAAGAAAGUGGACAUGAAUUUGAGAGAUUAUGAUGGACGGACUGCCUUGCACCUUGCAGCUGCAAACGGACAUGUGGAUGCUGUUGAAUUUCUUGUCAAAGAGGCAAAGGUUAACGUAUCAAUACCAGACAGAGAUUCCAGAUUACCCAUGACUGAUGCAAAUGAAGAAAUUCAAAAGCUUUUGAGGGAAUAUAAGAAUAAUGUAGGGCAAAAGGCAAAGCUUUCAGUAAAAGAUGAAACCUUGACUGUUCUAAUGAUGGCUGCUUCAAAGGGAUAUUUACAUAAACUUCAAGAUUUUAAGUACAAAUAUUUCAAAAUGGACAGCAGUGAUUAUCUUAAAGAAACUCCACUUCAUGUUGCUGCAGCUAAAGGAAGGUUAGAUGAUGUAAAAUAUCUCUUAAAUGAAAGACAAGUCUCUCCAUUUGCUCGAAACAGCUUCUGGAAAAUGCCAGUUGAUUUAGUGAGUGAAAAAAUUAAAUUUUGGGAGCAGAAAGGAAGGGAAUCUCGCAAAGAAGAUUUUGAAAAAGUAAAGGGUGUACUGCAAAAGGCUAUGGAUGCAGCCUCUGAUGAAAGUAUAGUUUUACAAUAG